AUGCUAAAAAUGAAUACAAGUUUGGCCAGUUUGCUUGAAUUCGUCUUGCUCCUACAGUUAAUGCUUGGUGGAUGUAUGCUUCUGUAUGCUGUUGACAGCAGCAAUGAAGUCUCCAUUAACCGUGGAGCAUUGGGAGCGCCAUUUUUGUUGGAGGACCCAGCAAACCAGUUCCUACGUCUCAAAAGACAUGUAUACUUGCAAGAUUACUGGGACCCAGAUUACAGUUCCAAUGGGUGGGGAAUCACACUGGCUCAUCAGGCUCAUGAAACAUGGACUUUCUUGAAACAAACUGCAAAGCAUUAUUUGAAACAAACCUUCACCUCUAACAUGUCUACGGCCCAGCARAGGAGUUUCACUGGGUAA